AGAAGUCCAGCUUUUGCUCCUCUUUACGAAGGGUAGCGGCUUCGACAAUCCAGGGGAAGAGCAAAAGCUUAAAGCUCUGUAUGACCCACCAACAGUGUCAUUCAUGGCUUGGAACAGUUGCCCAACAACAGCAACUAUUGGGUUUCAUUUCUCACUACUUCAUCUUCCCUCUUCUCUUCACUUCACUCUUUCCUUCUCCUUCUCUCCUCAUUUCUUUACUGUUACCUCUUGGGCUUCUGCCCAAUGGACCGCAACGACAAGCAGCACCCACAGCAGCUUUGCUUGUCCAAAUCCUCUAGGCACCGUUCCAACGACUGGAUCUUUUCGGACGUUCCUAGUGAUAUUAGCAUAGAAGUAAGUGGAGGAACAUUUUCUUUACAUAAGUUUCCUCUGGUGUCUAGAAGUGGGCGAAUCCGAAAGCUGGUUGCAGAGCAUAGAGAUUCUGAUAUUUCCAGGAUAGAGCUUGUUAACUUACCUGGUGGUGCUGAUUCAUUUGAGUUAGCAGCAAAGUUCUGCUAUGGCAUCAACUUUGAGAUUACGUCCUCAAAUGUCGCACAACUUUGUUGUGUUUCUGAUUACCUGGAAAUGACUGAGGAAUAUGCAAAAGACAACCUUGGUUCUCGUGCUGAAGCAUAUCUAGAUACUAUAGUCUGCAAGAACCUUGAAAUGUGUGUUGAAGUUUUGCAAGAGUGUGAGAAUCUACUCCCUCUUGCUGAUGAACUGAAAAUAGUCAGCAGGUGUACUGAUUCUAUUGCUUCUAAGGCAUGUGCAGAGCAGAUAGCCUCUAGCUUCUCACGCUUAGAGUAUAGCAGCUCAGGGAGGCUGCACAUGAAUAAGCAGGCCAGCAAAUGUGAAGGGGACUGGUGGAUUGAAGAUCUGUCCAUUCUUCGUAUUGACUUGUAUCAGAGAGUCAUAGCAGCAAUGAGGUGUCGAGGGGUCCGUCCUGAGAGCAUUGGUGUGUCACUUGUAAAUUAUGCCCAAAAGUUUUUGACAAAGAAACCCAGCUUAUGGAGUGCAUCUACCCAGCCAAAAGUUGAUCCGGUUGCAGGUUCUGUUGGCCAUGAGCAGAGACUCAUGGUUGAGACGAUUGUCAGCCUGUUGCCUGUAGAAAAACCUGCUGUCCCCAUCACUUUUCUUUUUGGGAUCUUACGAACUGCGGUGAUGCUUGAUUGUUCGGUUGCUUGCAGGCUUGAUCUUGAGAGGAGGAUUGGGUCACAACUGGAAAUGGCUACUCUUGAUGAUCUUCUGGUUCCAUCUUUCCACCAUGCUGGCGACACUUUAUUUGAUGUUGACACUGUUCACAGAAUCUUAGUUAACUUCUCUCAGCAUGAUGACAGUGAAGAUGAUAUGGAAGAUGAAUCUGGUUAUGAAUCUGAUGGCCUUCACUCACCCUCUCAAACUGCAUUGCUCAAAGUCGCAAAACUCGUGGAUAAUUACCUUGCCGAAAUUGCUGCCGAUGCAAAUCUUAAGCUCACCAAGUUCAUGGUCAUUGCAGAGUCUUUACCAGCACAUGCACGCACUAUUCAUGAUGGUCUUUACCGAGCAAUUGAUAUUUUCCUCAAGGCUCAUCAGGGUUUAUCAGAUUUGGAGAAAAAGAAGCUCUGCAAACUGAUUGAUUUCCAAAAGCUCUCACAAGAAGCAGGUGCGCAUGCAGCACAAAAUGAACGUCUCCCUCUCCAGUCAAUUGUCCAAGUGCUAUAUUUUGAGCAGAUAAGGCUUCGGAAUGCCUUAUGCUGCUCGUAUCCAGAUGAUGACCAUAAACCAAUGCACCAGUCAUGGCGGAUCAGCAGUGGUGCACUCAGUGCAGCAAUGUCACCCCGAGACAAUUAUGCAUCAUUAAGAAGAGAGAACCGAGAGUUGAAACUGGAACUUGCUCGAUUACGGAUGAGACUGAAUGAUCUGGAGAAGGAUCAUGUAUUUAUGAAAAAGAACAUGGAGAGAUCUAACUCUAGAAAGUUUAUGAGCUCUUUCUCAAAGAAGAUUAGUAAGCUAAAUCUGUUUGGGCAUAGUUCUUCCAAGUCAUCAAGUUCUCCCUCAAAGUUUUCACAAAGAACAGACUCAAGAGUUCUCGGGAGAACAUGAGCUGGCUUCUAUGGAGAGGAAAUACUUAUCUGGAACCUUCCUCUCUUUCUGCCAUAAUCCAUUGAUCUUGUUCCUCUCUAUCCACCUUAUUUAUGUGAUGAUAUCUUCAGCUAGAAACCAGCCGGUGGCUUGUUUCAUUUUGAAGUGGUUUUGUUUGUGGGAAAAUCUCUAAAAUCCUUAGAAUUUCAUGAUGAAAAGCCUUUUUCCAGAUACAUGCAGAAAAUAUGAAUGUAUAGUCAUCUCAACUGAUCAAGUGUUAAAAUUUUAUAUCAAAGUACAAAUUUCCUCCA